AUGGCGCAGCGGCUGUGCGAAGGAGCGCCAGUGUACCCUAAUGAACACUCAGUAGCCUCCUCCCCGAAAGACGCAGCCACAUCCCCAAACGGACAACUCAACCAAAACGCGGCCAAAAAAGGUACACACAAAAUAAGAAGAGAUCAAGCAUUCAGAAAUUUUAUCUACCAAAAUAUUUUCAACAGGGAUUGUUUUACAAAUAUAUUUAAAAAAAAAAUUGACCAAAACGUAGGAAGGGAAUGUAACGACCAGGAUAAUCACACCAGCAGAAAUGAGGAAGACGUCUGUGUGCGUAGCCAACUCCCAUGUGAAGAUGAAGAAUACAUGCUCUUUUUAAGCUACAUAUACAAUGACGUAGCGUCAUUUAUUGAGAUCAAUAAAAAUGAGCAUUUAAAAAAUUCCAACUACGCUGAUCUUGAAGACCUCAUUUUGGAAAUCUGCGGGACCGUCGGCCGUGAUGCCUUCCAUAACAUAAAGUCGAUUUUUAAGUCGCCCGAGGGGGGCGCGCCAAGGAAGGAGACUGUGUGCAAUAAUGCAGAUAAUGUGGAUGGAGGGGACUUAAAUAACUAUGCUUCAGAUCCAUACAAUCAUGAUUCACGUGCUGACAAGGGAAAGAGUAAAUCCCUUCGAAGUCACUCCCCCAGCGAGAAGGACUCCUCCUUCUUCUUCAUACCCCCCAUGGAAUGCCUAGUUACGCAUAUUCACAAAUUGACCUCAAAAAAAGAUGAUGCAAAUAACGUUUCCCAUUUCUCAUCUGACGUUAAUGAAUUUUUAAAAAACAACAACUUCGAUAAACACCCCAUUUAUUGUUCAUUCCAAAGGGGGCAUAAACCGAGAGAGGAGGCAAACCUCUCCUUCCAAUGUGAACUGUCACACGCGCAGACGGGGCGGGUACAGCAUCCCCCCUGCAAUUGUUGCCGUAGUAACGGUCGUAAUAAUCUGCACAGCGAAGUUGAUACAUCCGCCCCAGACGUCCCCCCAACGCACAGUCAGGAGGAGAUCACCCCCAAUGAGAAGAAACAUGAUGAAGAGGGGGUUCAAUAUAUACAUACCCAUUUUCUACCAUCAGAGCAUACACAAGUGGGCACCAAUUUUGAGGUCAGCUCGAACAAUGGUAAAUCUGCCAUCCUUGUGGAUAUCCACAACUUCAACGAAAAUGAAGCCAUUUUGGCGAACAAGAAGAGUCCUGACGAAUUAACCUCUUCCCUGCUGAAUGGUACUACUCGUUCGGAUGAGGGCGGUGGAAUUUACUUCUCCUUUUCCCGACCCAACUAUGCUAACAAUUCAGACCUGAAUGGAGCGGCGCAAGGGAAUUCCCCCCAUGAUGGUCCUGAAGGUGAUGACUAUAAUGAUGAUGAUGUCGUUUCAGUGAGGAAGGAAACAAUAGGCGGUCCCUUUUUGCGGGAGGAAAAAUUCAUGAAUGGUAGCUUGCAGGGGGACGGGGAGACCCACAGGAGCAUACAUCAUUACAGUCAGUCCAACCAAGACGAUGAAGUAUUCGAGGGCUGCCUUGACGAAUAUGUUAAGCCCGCAAGCGGCCCUAACGACAACCAAGACACGGACACCAACGAUGAUGACUCCAAAGCCGACGCAGACAGCGAAGAACAAGACGUCGCAGAUAAGAUGGACGGGGUUGCAAGUGAAGUGGGUGGCACCAACGGGGUAAAUACGCCCAGCCAGGACCACCACGCCGAUGAGCAGACAAGCAACAAUUUCAAACGAGAAGAAAACAUUCAUCUGUGUGACGAACAGAAUAGUGACCUAUUGGAGGAUGAUAAAGAGGGCAUCCUCAAAACAGAAGGGAAUGACUCCCCAAAAGAGCAGCCCCUAAAAAGGGAACCCCCCAAGAUGGAACAACAGAAUGAAACUCCCCAAAGAAUAAUCCAGGUGGACCACAAAGAAUACCUGGAAAAACAGCAAAAGAUGGUGAAAAAUAAAACAUACGCAGAGCCUGAAUGUAGGAAAGAAUUUACAAAAAAUGAAAAUCCCCACGAUGACUAUUACCACUUUAAGUACUUAAACAACUGCGAAAAAGUUUCCAAGCCAUACCAGUACACAAAGGUGGAAAAGAAGGCCAACAUUCAGGUGACGCCAUCUCCCUUCCCACAGUUUUUGAGGGACAUUCAAAUUUACAAUAUCAGUCAGAAGAAAAUCCGCCUAAAAAAAACGAACAUACCGCUGAGGAAGGACGACGCCGAUGCAGGGAUCACAGAAAAGACGACCAACAAGAAAAAAAGGCAAACCAGAAAAAGGACAAAAUGA